AUGUCGUCACAUCAGCGGACCUUUUCUCACUCGCAAUCCCAAUCGGGAACGAGAGAAAAGACCUACUUUGAGCAGCAGCGCGAAGAACUCAUUGGCGAAAUCGCAAUGAACUUUGAGCAAGUCCUUGCCAACAUCAACAAGCUGAAUCGUUCGCUCGAGGCAGUCAUUACGGUAGAGUCUUUACCUUUUCCCCCCUUUUCGAAUACACUGGCUUUAGAAACUCGAGCACUAAUUUGGGCGGGCUUCACCGCAUCGCAGGUCGGAAACGAGUUCUCCUCCGUCGAAGCGCUGUGGUCGCAGUUCGAAAACGUAAUGGCAAAGGAGCCCGAGGAGAACAAGCAGGGCGAUACCGAGGAGGGCAGCGACGGCGAGACGAAGACCGAGCAGAGAUCAUGA